GUGGGAACUGAAGCCAAGUAGGAUUCACAGGCCCCGCAGCUCCACUGCUUUUUUAAAGCCCUCAAUGCACAGGCUCGAGGUUCAAGUUUGUAGGAGUGCACCAACUCUGCACUCACUAGACCGCCUGGUGCAUUUUGCCGGUGGACGUUUCAGGGAAGCCGAGCACUUCACCACUCGCAGGAGCUCUGACCAGCCCUAGCUGGACCCCAGACAAGUCGGACAACGCAUCCGAAAACUGCAAGGUUGAGAGAGGGACAAUGAAACACCAGACUCAGCCGCUGCUCCACCUAACAGUCUUCCAAGCUGGUCAUGGAGAAGUGGCGGCUAGCACGCAUUAAUGAGAGUCUGGUUCGGCUCCAAACCAUCAUUCUGAAGGCGCACGGGAAGGAUGUGAGCCGGACUGGGAUGAAGCACUCGAAGGGUCUCCAGUUCACAGGGCUUACUGUGGCCCUCAGAUCCUAAGACCCAGAGUAUAGGAUACUUCUGGCUUGCCACCCAUUCUGUGUUCCUGUCUCCAGAGCUCCCAGCACACAAAACUGGAGACAGCUGACAUCCUGGAGAUGACCGUGAGACAUCUUCAGAUCCUACACGGCCCAGUGACAGGUGGGGUGUGGGUGACACUAUGUGGAGGUGAGAGGUGUGUAGGAUCACCACCGCAAGAACUGAUUCCUGCUUUUGGUGCUGCAGCAGCGGCACUGCGCCGACCCUGAGAUCCUGGGCAAGUACUGGGCUGUUUUGAAAAAGUGCCUCUUUGAGAUGAACUUUUUCCUGGCUAGCUGUGAGGGUGUCCCAGCGGGCGUGUGCCCCCACUUACUUGGCCACCUGGUGGCCUGCCUGCACCAGCUAGAACUCAGGCGUAGUGCUGCAUCGCUGUUUCCAGCCUCAGAAGCUGAGGCACCUAAGGUACCCACGUGGCUCCCUGCUGCUGUCACUCCAUGGAGCUCCUCUCCGCGUUGCUAACUCUGGACUGUGUUAUGGUAAAGUUAUUUGGAGUUGAAUUGAAAAUAGGGGAAACUGAAGUAGAUUUCUUACUAAGAAGAAUGAAUUAGAAGAAUCUGGAAGAAGCAGAGUCUGUCCUGUGGUUCCUCUAGAUGGAAAUGGACUGCCAGAGAGGGGACAGGUGCUACGAGGUCAGGCAGGGUGGUAGCAGUGUGGACUACUUAGUGUAUGGAGCCUGGAUUUGUGAAGACUCUGCCUGGCCCAAAGUCUUGCUGUCACUCCAGCACCUCUGCUGAUGUGCAAUGGACAACUUCCAGUAUAGUGUCCAGCUCAGUGAUCGAGAGUGGGCCGAGUUCUCAGUCACUGCUGAUGAGUGUGGCCUCUUGCAGGCUGGCCUGGCCUCUGGUGACGAGCUCUUGUCCAGUGACAUUGACCAAGGGGACAGCAGUGGAAGCAGCCCCCCUGGGCCCCCACCCCUCUUCACUGGGCAGCUGGCUCCCCAGGGGAGGAGACAACAGGGCUCUGAGUUGGAGGACGUGGCUGCUCAGCAGUUGGUCAGCAGGUCUCAGUGUGAGCCUGUCCUGGCUCUGGAGGCCAGUCAUCAGGUAGCCAGCACGUCCACACAGUCAGAAGCUCUACUGUUCCUCAGCCCAGACAGCGUCUGUCCUGGCCAGGCCUUGUCCUUCCAAGGGUCAACAACUCUCAGGGACAAGAUGCAGAGGCUUUUGCAGGGCCCUGCUCCCAGCUCUCCUGGUGAGCCCUCUCAUAGUCCUGAGUCCCCUGGCCACAAUGCCAUCCCUCAGAGUCCUCCUGACAACCUUGAAGCUCCACUGCGGAACCCUGGUCGUAAGAAGAGGCGUGCUAUGGCCGCCAAGGGGGCCAAGUGCUCUGGAUCUCUGGGCUCUGCUGCUGUCCAGAUGAGCUCCCCACAGCUUAUGGAGACCAGGCCCAAGGAGGUUCUUAUGUCUGGGACAUUAAUGGCAAAAGCCCAGCAGAGUAAGCCACAGUCAGACUCUGCAGGUGCUUCUGAACAUGACUCUAGUAUCCCUGAACAGAUGGCCAAACAAGAGUCAGACUUGGAUCUGUCUACACCUGUUCUAACAACUGAACAAGAUACAGACCAGAUCAGAAAGACACCCAGAGCUGUGCUACACAUGAUAUCCAAACCUGUCCAGGAAGCUCAUCCAGAUGUCUCCACAGCCACACCAGAUGUGUCUCUCUCUACACAUGCCUCUAAGUCUCAACCUUACACGGCUUUGUCUAAACCUGCCUCCAAGCCUCAGUCUGAAAAAGCUUUAUCUACACAUGUCUCCACAUCUGACAUGACUUUUUCCACACUUGCCUUCAAAUGUCAACCCAAUACAAAUCAGUCUACACUUGCCUCUGAUCCUGACAUGGCUUUGUCUAUACCUGCCUCCUUGUCUCAACUGGACAAAGUUGAGUUUGCACCUGCUUGCAUACCUGGACUGCAUGAGGACCUAUCUGCAGUAGGCUCUGAGAUCAAGUCAGAAGUUUAUCCCUCUAUGCCUGCCCCAGUGGUUAUGCUUUGUACAGAUCUGCCUCAUUCUGUUUCAAAGACUGAGUCUGAAGAGAGUAUGUCUAUACCUGCUAUGCCUCCCUUGUCCCCUAUUUCCCAGGCUGAAGCUGCCAUGGUGAAUACAGAUGUGACUGUGCCUCCUGGGGGAUACUUUGAGAAGCCAUUAGGGCAGCUCUCAGCAGGGUCUUCAGGAUACUCCUUAGGGGAGCCUUGUCCAGGUCCUGUUCAAGCCCCCAAGAAGAAGAAAGUACGAUUCUCCAUGGCUGUACCCAGUCAUGAAGAAUCAGGAUCAGGUGAACCUACAGGUCCACCUUUCCUAACCCCAGACCAGCCCCCAGCUCCCAGGACAGUAGCAGGGAGCCGUGGGGGGUCUGCAGCCUGGGAUGCUGUGGCUGUUGGGCCCCGACUCCCCCAGCCUCGGAUCCUCAAGCACCUGCCUCCUCCUAUAUCCUCUGUCUCAGCAGAGCCUGAGCCUGGAAGCUGCUAUGCAGUGACUCUCCCUGAGGCCUAUGAGUUCUUCUUCUGUGACACCAUUGAGGAGGAAGAUGAAGAUGUAGAGGAUGAGGCAGCAGCCAGCCACGCCCUGGAUGAAGUCCAGUGGCCUGACACAUGCGAGUUCUUUUUUAGGGACAGCAGAGUCCAAAGGUCAAGUUGUCAGAGGGGACACUCCACAGUCCUACCCCCAAAAGCAGAGGCUGUGGCACCUGUUCCCCCUGGAGAUUUAGUGCCUAUCUCCAUCCCUGAGGUCUAUGAACACUUCUUUACUGAGGAAGGAUUUGGGAACAGACAGCCACAAGCCACCCAUAUCCAACUGCAAACCUCGGAGCUCUUCAGGGAAGUAGGGCCUGAGGCAUACUCCAAGCCUGUUCCAGCUACAGCAGAACAUCUUAUCUUGACAAUCAGAGAGGCAGAGGAGCUACGGAGUCCCCUUACUUCAUUUACAUUCAGCCAGAAUGACAUGUGCCUGGUGUUUGUUGCCUUUGCCACUUGGGCUGUGAGAACCUCUGAUCUACAUGCCCCAGAUGCUUGGAAAACAGUCUUGCUGGCCAACCUUGGCACCAUCUCUGCUAUCCGCUACUUCCGCCGUCAGGUUGGAAGAGGGCGUAAUGGCAGACCAAGACCAAGUUCCAACUCAAGCCCAAGCUGCUAGGAGCCAGGCUGGCCUGGUGAGGCAUGGGGCACGGGGAUGAACCCAGGUGACAAGGACAAGAUCUUGCUCUUCUCUCCACCCUUUGAUCCCUGACUUCUGAGGCAUCUAGGAAGGAGCCAGUAUCUGUGGGUGCUGACUUACUUGGACUCAACCUAAGGGUCCAGCCAGUGGCUAAGACCAAGGCCAUUUUCCAUACCUGAGAGGGUAGAGAUUCAGGAUUGUGGGUGAGUGGGCCCUGAGCCAGGAGCUAGGUAAUAGGGCAUCAGAUUUGCAAGUAAAAACCACAGGGCACAUAGCUAUAUUUGAAUUUACAUGAAGUACUUGAGAUGUACUUGUAUGAAGAAAUUAUUUGUUGUUAUCUGAAAUCCAACUUAAUUGGGCACCCUGCCUUUUGUCUGGUCAUAAAUAAAGGAUGAGCAGCAGAAGAGGACUCUACAGUAAGUGUAAAAGCAAAAAGGCCCCUCUGGGUCUGGGCCAAGGGGCUACUAAGUGCCUUCAAAGCUAGAGGGAGGCAGUUCAAGAAACUGCUCUACUGAAAGGCAGGCUUGGCUGUCAAGGGCCUCCAAGGCCCUGAUCCCUAAGGCACCACAGCCACAGCUUGCCUAGGCCUGGGCUGAGUCAAUGAAUAGGUUCUAGGACAGUGGUUCUCAACCUUCCUAAUGCUGCAACCUUUUAAUACAGUUCCUCAUGUUGUGGUGACCCCCAACAUAAAAUUAUUUUUGUUGCAACUUCAUAACUGUAAUUUUGCUACUGUUAUGGAUUGUAAUGUAACUAUUUUUGGAGCUAGAGGCUUGCCAAGGGUGUUUCAACCCACAGGUUAAGAACCACUGUUCUAGGAGAUAUCUCUGGGAAUGGCUUCUGAGGCCCCUGGAAUAUGGGAUCUGUGGGACAGGGCUGGAUCUUCUCCAAGAGCCCUGGAUAGGAUAUACAUAGAAUUUGAUAGCAUCCUAUGGAAGGAUUGUCUCCUGAUACUAUAUGGAGCUUGAGUGAAGCCAAGGCUAAGAGAAGUUGUGAGUGGGAAGGUAGCUGAAGGGACUGAGGUGGCAUAGUGAAAAUAGCAAACGAAGGUCUUCAGGAUGGUGGGGUACUCUGGCUGCUCAGAGGGGAACACAGGGACACAGCACCAAUAAAAUCUCUUUCUUGUUUA